CUGGUUAACUUAUAUAGAUUUAACCAGCCAGUAUGACGCCGGGAAUCGUAACGUCAUGACGGAUUCACUUCUGUAUAAUAUGCCUUGUUUGUUUCUUUUAAUUUGGAGUAAAAAUAAAGUGAGUGAAGAAUAUACAUAUAACUGUUUAUGAAUGAAAAUCUACAUGAUUAUAUCAAGAGAUAUUUUUCAUGAAUGUAGCUAAAGUUAUUAACAUCAUGUUUACCUCUUAAACACUCGUUUUAUUGUAUUUAUAUUUUAUAAUCAACUAAUUGUGAAGGUUAUAGUAAUUAUAAGUGGACAUUGUUUUAUAUUAACUCAGCAGGUGAGGUUAAAGCCUGAAGACGAUUCUACACAUCGUACGAUAGUGAAUAAACAAUAAAAUACUUGGAGGAACUUAUAAGUCGCAGGGAUAUAUCACAGUUGAAAUAAAACUUUGAUAUUUUUCAUACUAUAUAAAUACGACAAUUUUGGAUUCAAAAUUGUCAACAGCUCAAGAGAAACUGAUAAUAAUAAUAAUAAUAAUAAUAUUAUAUAAAAUAUAAAAGUUAUAUAAUUCAAGUUAUACUAGGUCAGAGCAAAUUGAGGGUAACUGAAAAAAAGGAAUUGUAAAAAAAGAAAUUUAUUGACGCCAACGAAUAUGGGGAAAAAAAACAGUAAACUCAAGCAAGACACAAUCGAUCGUCUAACUACGGACACAUAUUUUACUGAAAAAGAAAUUCGACAAUGGCAUAAGGGAUUCCUUAAAGAUUGCCCUGAUGGUCUCUUAACAGAACAAGGAUUUAUCAAGAUCUACAAGCAAUUCUUUCCGCAAGGAGAUCCAUCCAAGUUUGCUUCACUUGUAUUCAGAGUUUUUGAUGAAAAUAAUAGGUCCGAAAGAUGUUGAAUUGUAUUGCUUACGUCUGCGCUAAUGAAAUCUUCUAACUCGCUCUAUUUUACUGCACAUCGGAAAAGCAAAAAAGGUUUGGAAAAUCCAAAAGUGCAUGUCUUACGUGCUCAUUUAACCAUAGAAGUAAAAAUGGAAUAAAGAAAAUAAUUUAUUUCACAAAAUUGUCACAUGGUGGUCGUAUACAGGAUAGUAUUAACGUUAAAAUCUCUUCGAAUUUAAAUAUCAGGGCUCCAGUUGACCAUUAAAAGAAUCAUUAACGAAUCAUGUUAGAAAGUCUAU